AAAUCUCUGAAAGACAUUACAAGCGAAUGCAUAUAGCUGAACCAGUACAAGAACAUGAAACAGAUGAAGGAUGUAAUGAAUUUACAUUUAAUGCUUUUAAUAUUAGUGAUAAUGAAGAAUCUGACGACAAUAUUGACGAUACCUUUGAAAAUAUUAUUAAUAGCAAUAAUAUUAAUUCCGAACGAUGGAGUGAAAAUUAUAUAGGUGAAUAUGACAAGAGACCAUAUGAUUCUGAAGUUGGUAGACAUGAUAUUCAUCCGGCAGAUAACAUAUUAGCUAAAUGGAAAUUGCUUGAUUUAUUUGGCGAAUCUUUAGAAGCACCAGUUUAUAUUGACUCAAUGAUAAUUUUAUUAAAAAAAUAA